GCUCUGCGGGCGGCGCUGGCCCAGGCCGGGGCUCGUGGCUUCGUGCAGGUUCUGGUGACCCCCGAGCCGGGGGUGGGUCUGGGGGCUCUGGUGCAGGGGGUGGGGCUGGGGGCUCUGCGCCCCAACACCGUCCUGCUGGGCUGGCCCCGGAGCUGGAGACAGCAGCCAGACCCCGCCCGGGCUGCCAGGGACUUCGUGGAGCUGCUGCGGGCGGCGGGGGCCGGGGGCCGGGCCCUGCUGGUGUCCAAGGGCGCGGCCGAGCCCGGGGGGGCCCCGGGGGGGUCUCUGGACGUUUGGUGGGUGGUCGGCACCGGGCGGCUCCUGACGCUGCUGCCGCUGCUGCUGCGACAGCACCCGGCCUGGCGUGGGUGUCCCCUGCGCCUGUUCACGGUGGAUUUUGGGGGUCAGGGGCCCGUGUCCCCCAGGCCUGGCGUGGGUGUCCCCCUGCGCCUGUUCACGGUGGCGCUGCUCGAGGACAACAGCGAGCGGCUGCGGCGCCUGCUCGAGGCCGUGGCGCGACGCCGGGCGCUGCCGGCACAGGUGCACGUGGUGGAGCUGCACGACGGGGAUGUCUCCGCCUACACCUACGAGCGGACGCUGAUGAUGGAGCAGCGCUCGCAGAUGCUGCGGCAGCUGCGCCGCGCCCAGGGAGGCCCCGCCCCCUCGCACCCGCCCAGCGCUGAGGAGGAGGAGGGGGGAGGAGACCCCCGGAGGGGCCCCAGUCCGGGGAACGUGCGCCGCAUGCACGCGGCCGAGCGCCUCAACGCCGCCAUCGGAGCCCACUCGGGGGGGGCGGGGCUGGUGCUGCUGGACCUGCCCCCCCCUCCCCCACCCCGGCCCGCACGGCCCCUGGAAAACUACCUGGAGUUCCUGGAGGUUCUGACCGAGGGCCUGGGGCCGGUGCUGCUCGUGCGGGGGGGGGACGGCGACGGCGACAGCCCCAGUACGGCCCAGUGCUCCCAGUAUGGGACUGGGAACGGGGAUGGGGAGCCCUGAGUGCCCAGUACGGCCCAGUGCUCCCAGUAUGGAACUGGGAACGGGGACGGGGAGCCCUGAGUGCCCAGUGCUCCCAGUAUGGGACUGGGAACGGGGAUGGGGAGCCCUGAGUGCCCAGUACGGCCCAGUGCUCCCAGUAUGGGACUGGGAACGGGGAUGGGGAGCCCUGAGUGCCCAGUGCUCCCAGUAUGGAACUGGGAACGGCGACAGCGAGCCCUGAGUGCCCAGUACAGCCCAGUGCUCCCAGUAUGGGACUGGGAACGGCAACGGGGAGCCCUGAGUGCCCAGUACGGCCCAGUGCUCCCAGUAUGGGACUGGGAACGGCGACGGGGAGCCCUGAGUGCC